CAUAGCCUGUCUGCCGUCUACCGUUAGCUGCUGCACAGCGUGUCAUUGGUUGUUAUGAAGUCAGAGGAGAGCAGUCUUUAGCAGCAGCUGUUACCCAGCGCUGCUGCUAACACACGCACACACACACACACACACACACAGCAGAGAACAACCAUCUUUGGUAAAGCAGUUUACCUCCCAAUGACUUACUGUGUGUCUCCUUAUCUUUCUUUGAAACAAUGUCAUAGCCAGUUCAGGCAAAAUAGACAACACAUAAGUGACAAUGUAGGACGUCUACAUUGUUUACUACUCUAGUAAAUGCAAAGAGACUCUAUGAAAUUUAACUUUAAAUCUAUUCUCACACUGUGAAACACAAUGUCAUCGACCCUCCUUGUUUAAUUUACAAAAAAGAGAAUGCCUGGAGUUCGACAACAUCAGCAAACAUCGGUUUCCACUGAAGCUGCUGUUCAAGGCCCAUGCAGGCACUGUUACCACCUGAUAACGUUCAAGAUAAGUUCUCCACCAGAGAAUAUGCCUCAUGUGUAACAAGAGCAAGCUCAUAACAAACAAGUGCCUUUUGCUUCUGGUGUUGUUUUGUUUUCGAAAUGGACAGCAACAAUUUCCCCCAAUUUUUUUAAUAUAAAGACCCACCUUUUAAAAAUGUAUAGUGACCAAGUUCACGGCAUAAACCGCGACAACUGCAUAGUUGUAACACAGAGUAUUCUUUUUGCAAAGGUAAACAAGUCAGAUAAUUUCUAAGAAUUUCUAAGAUAAUGUAUGUGUGAUAAAUUAACAACAGCUUCAUGUUAUGCAUGUUAUUUUAAUUGUUUGCACAUAAAUCGUAAAGUGAUACUGGAAACAUUUCUGUAAAAUUAUUUGGUCACCCUAAGAAAACAAACCACAUGUCAAGUCAGCUCUGAACAAGUUUACUGUAAAUCAACAUUUUAUUACUCAAUCACAUCUCUUUAAUUUCUUGUUACUCUAACAUCAAGGAAAGUUCGUUCGCCCACUCUUCUGAGCAGCUGUUAAUCAGAAAUAUUGUUUCUUUCAAGUGUCUAAUCACUUGAAAGACGUGGCUUGGGGGCACUUUAAGAUGUGUUUAGUGUCAGUGUUGACCAAGGUAAUCUGCUAAACUGUACUGUGGCUAGUGUCUGGCUGAAGAGCACCGGUUUUGACCUGCUUUCUGAUUGGCAGAAGUUCAUAAAGCUUCAGCCUUUGUGCUCAGAGCGACCUGCAGUGUCUGCUUGAAUGUGUCGGGAGAAAUUUUCUUCUGCUAAGAAUCUUAUGUUUUCGCUGACCUUUGUCUGACUUUGUGUGAGCAGCAUAACAUAAAAAGUAAUAAAGGAUUUCUAGACAUGUAUGGCCAAAAUGAUGACCAGUCGUGACAUUGGAAUCUGAACUCUCAUUUUGAAGCCUCGAGACCUGUGAUGUACAGUAGAAGGGCACCGUGUUAAUGUUUUGCAAACAGAAAUGCACACAUUGGUCGUUACGCUGGUGUCCACUCAUAUUUUCCUCUUAAAUGUAACAUUAUUGACUAAUUUGACAUCGUGUUUGCUAAGUAACUCCUCAGAAAAUGUUUUACUGACACUAUUAAUCAAGUGGGAACUGGGCUCACUUUUCCAUCAACUUCCAUUGAACAGAGUUCUUUUUGCAACCAGCAGCGUCACCCCCUAGUGGAUAUUCAUUAUAUUCUUAUUUCCUGGUCGGCUUCAGGAGGAAAUCGGGGCACUACAUUCUUUUUUUUUACAUGAGAAAGAAAGAAAUGCUUAGGUUUCAGGAUUUUAAAAAAAACAAAAAAAAACUGUUGACCUUGUGAGAUCAGGGAAUGUUUUGGUUGGUUUUAAAAUAAAGGUCUGCAAAUAUAGGUCUCUGUUGUCAUUCAAAUGAAGAUAUUAAUCUGAAGCAUAAAAAACUAAAAUAUUUUUGUUUUUAAUUUAGUUUUUAAAAUGCUUUAGAUUCUGAUGCACGGUCUCACAGUUCCCUCGUCUACCCAAAGAAUGUAGCAUACUUGUACUGCAUUUUGACACCAUUUCCGGUAUUAGGUGUGUUUUCCACUGUAUUGUCUAACGUUGUCAAAAGUAGAUGUGUAGUUGGUCACUGUCACUAAAGCUGAGUAUGUGAACAGGAAGCUUAACUUUCUGUGGUUAGCCAAGCAUUUGCUGUGCACUUGGCUGCAUACAGGAAGCUGCAAGUGUCACUCACACUGCUCUUCAGGCUGAAAACAUUUGCUUUGUCUGGGAGGCUUUUUGUACUCGCACAUCAAGAAAUUUGUCUGAAAAUGGCCCAGGGAAAGGAGCAAUCCUUCGCCAGCCGUUUAUUUCAAAAGUAUCGCAAGAGUAGCCUCGAUCAGAGAGGACAAGAGAGUGAUGUGCCUCAUAUCUCCGAGUUCACCAUCAUGUGGGAUAAGUUGAUGAAAGAGUUCUUAGCUAAAGCCAAAGAAGAUUUUUUAAGAAAAUGGGAGUGUCCACCACAGAGCACAACAGCCCUGGAUGACUUUGAUAGAUUUAAGACUUUGGGCACUGGCUCAUUUGGACGAGUUAUGCUCGUCAAACAUAAAGGAACAAACCAGUUCUACGCCAUGAAGAUCUUGGACAAACAAAAAGUGGUUAAAUUGAAGCAGAUAGAACACACACUAAAUGAAAAGAGAAUACUACAGGCCGUCUCCUUCCCCUUCCUCGUCAGAUUGGAGUAUGCUUUCAAGGACAACUCAAACCUCUAUAUGGUGAUGGAAUAUGUCCCUGGUGGAGAAAUGUUUUCACAUCUCAGACGUAUCGGAAGGUUCAGUGAAAACCAUGCAAGAUUUUAUGCAGCUCAGAUCGUGCUCACCUUUGAGUACCUUCACUCUUUAGACCUCAUCUACAGGGACUUGAAGCCUGAAAACCUGCUCAUAGAUCAACAUGGGUACAUCCAGGUCACAGACUUUGGCUUUGCCAAAAGAGUAAAAGGCAGGACCUGGACAUUGUGUGGAACUCCUGAGUACCUGGCUCCAGAGAUCAUCCUCAGCAAGGGCUACAACAAAGCUGUGGACUGGUGGGCACUUGGAGUUCUUAUCUAUGAAAUGGCUGCUGGUUAUCCUCCUUUUUUCGCUGAUCAGCCUAUCCAGAUCUAUGAAAAGAUUGUGUCUGGCAAGGUACGAUUCCCCUCUCACUUCAGCUCCGACCUGAAGGACUUGCUGAGAAACCUGCUUCAGGUAGACCUGACAAAGAGAUUCGGCAACUUGAAGAACGGCGUGAAUGACAUCAAAAAUCACAAGUGGUUCUCCACAACAGACUGGAUCGCAGUCUACGAGAGAAAGGUUGAAGCUCCCUUCUUGCCAAAGUGCAGAGGUCCAGGAGAUACAAGCAACUUCGACGACUACGAAGAGGAGGACAUUCGUGUCUCACAAACGGAAAAGUGUGCGAAAGAGUUUGCUGACUUCUAGUGAGUGAGCGAGCAAGAGUCCCAGCAGGGCUCAGGUGUUUUAAGGAUAUUUGCACUCUCCCGGGGGUUAAGGUGGAACUGUAGCUGUCACACUUUCAAUACAAAAGCUUCAUUCCACACAGCAGAAUGAGGCCCUUCUUGCCAUGAUCCUGCGUGCAGUUAGCACUAACCUAUACACAGGCACAUUAUGCAGACACCCUUUGUGCUGCGACACAAAAAUACAAGACCACUUCCUCUUGGGGUUUUUUUUUGUUAUUCGUUUUGCCACGUUUUGUGUGUGUCCCCCACCACCUUUUUACUCAAUUCAAAUAAUUUUUACUCCCAAAGCUUCAUGAGAGCCACUGCAAUUCCAAAUCUUAAAUGGCACAAAGAGUGAUCAAUUGUAUUAGCUGGCGUUGCACUUUUUGUGAUAAAAGCUUUAGGAGAAUAGAAGUUUUUGGUUUCAUAUUUCGACAAUGAAUUUUGCCAUGUCUGUCGUCUGUUACAGGCUCGAGUGUUUUUGGGUUUCAUCAAUUGCUGACUUUAACAGAAACCAUUACUUAUCCAUUUCGGUGUCCUACAACCUGCAUACAUACUAUACAGUUUAAACCCUUGUCGUUUUUUAGUUUUUUUUUGUUUUGUCAAAGCAUGACCAAAAUUCAGUCAAAGACUGUGGUGCUUGGUGAAGGAAUAGAAACCCUCCAGGUUUCUGGUUUUCAGCACUUCCAUCCUUGAAGAGACUGAUUAACAGUGACAGGUGUUGUUGUGAAACAGAAGCUUGUCAGGCGCUGUAUUAGUUGAUCAGUUGUAGCAUUGUUUUUGUCCAUAUCUGGUCACAGAAUAUUUACUUUUACCUCAGUCAAGGUCUGGUAUUAAAUGAAUGGAAGGAAAUAAUAUUUUUUCAGGUACAGCUGUUGCUCUAAGAAUGGAAACUGCUGAAGUUUGAGUGUGUGUGACUCCACACAGCAGGUCGUCUGUCUUUGGUAUGUCCGUAAAUGCAUGAAGUGCAUUGAUGUGGUGCAUUUUUCAGAAGCAGAGUGGUCAAUUUCUAGAUUUUCAUUCAGGGGGCAUCGUAGUGGAAACAAGGCAGUGUUGUCGCAUGGACUUGUUUUGAAUUGCUUUUUGAUUUUGUUUAUAAAAGUUAAUUCUGCUUUAGCAGAGCACUUGGACGACAUUGUGUAAUUGACAUAUUUGCUUUAUUUUCUGUUUUACUCUUGCAUGUUAAAUAUUUGUACAUCGGUGUCACAACACACAUGCUGUAGUUUUUCAUUUUGUAACCGAUGCACUGGGACAUUGACACAUUAGACUUUUUAUCUGAGGGACUUAUUCCAGUUAACACAAUACUAAAACAUGAAAUAUUCUUAAACUAUAAAAUAACAACAUAACAGUUAGUAUUUUGGCAUCAUCCAGUCACUGCAGUUAUACACUACAGAUCAAAAGUCUGAAAACACCUCUGUUUUACCAGCUAGGUCUCCCUAACCAACAGGAUGAUCGAAGUUAUUAUCUAUCAAUUCUUUCUUUCUGAAGGUGUGACGCUGGCAGAAUACAAAGUGCAAAAGGAGGCAGAGCCACGCACUAACCCAUCUGUCUUCUUUGCUGAGGGAAUGUUGUUAAUUCUUAAUCUCUGAAAAUCCAUAGCGCAAGCUUUAAAACGAAAACAGCGCGGGCAGCCUAAUAGUUGCUCUUGUACAUUUUAAAGUUGUCAGUAAAGAUAUAGAUUAAAAACUGGAAAAUGUUGGUGUUUUAGAUAUUUGAUCUGUAGUACAGUAGUCUUUUUUGCAUCAUUUUCAUUAAAAAAAAAAGCACACUGUGAUGUAGCAUAAUUUAAUCAUUCUUCCUCGCAGAAAGGAACAAUAAUGGACAAAUUGCCGUAGUCUUGUCUUGAAGGGAAUAAGGAGUCUCGAUUUUCAAGAUUUGUUUUUUUUUUAUUGCGUAUUUGUUUGUGUUUGGUUUUUGUCUCCACAAAAUAUAUUAGUCUUGCUCUUUUAUUCUUUACUCAGCACCAGUACUUUCCCAUUCAUUUCUGACACGUUGCCCGUCCAUGCUGCUGUAAUGAACGUACCUGUAAACUCCUCACCAGCUCCACAGGUUGUUGUAUUUCAAAUACAUGUACUUCCAUAGUGAGGGAGAUCAGAUUGAGGUCAUUUCUGCAGGUUGGACGCUCAGGAUUGUGCGGAAAUGGUUGUCGUUCGUCUUGUUGGAAACAUUUAUCCAUCGUCAUCUCCUACGUUUUUUUCAGACGUUUAAAUCAUUACUUGACACGGUGCUCAAGUCUUUGUAGAUGAGAAAUCAUGCAAUUUGUUCAAGUUCAACAAUCUUAGAACCAAAUGUGAAAAGGGACUGAAUGCUAUUUUGAGGCACUUACUGUCUAUGACCUGGAAUUUAACAUUUUGUCAUAGUUAAAGCAAUUAAUGACAUUUUACUUAGCUUAUUUCAAUUCAAACGGCACAACUGAUUCUAAUAUUUAAUUUAUAUUUUGAGAUGUCUUCUAAAAUAACAUUUUAACUGUUUUAAAUGUUGCAUAGUUCUCAAUGUAUAAGGAGAUUCCAAAUGUUUUGUUCUAAUAUUGGAUGUUCUAAUAUUUGUUCUAAUAUAUUUGUACAUCUUUUUUUCCCCUUAAAAGAAUAAGAUAUUUAUAGAAAUAAACAUAUUUACAAACAGAUUAUACAAACUGAUGCCUCAUAUGCCUCUUGACAGUUCUAUCCUUUUACCUAGUUUAAUUUAUUUUAUUAGAAAAUCAAUUUUAUUGAAGAGGGUGAAGCAUUAUUUUCCCAGUUUAAAGGUUGAACAGAAUGUGAGCACAGACUCGAUGUUUUUGUUGUUUUGUUGUUUUGGACAAGAAACUUUGAAAACUAUACCUGGGAAUUCAGCAUGUUUUAGUCCAAACUGCCUGUGUGUAGAUCUUCCAAGAAAGUGUGUAGGAAAUCCACCGCUCUUCUCUAGGUGUCAUUUAACUUUCCCUUAUGUGUAAUAAUGUUUGUCAUGUUUGAUGUAAACAAUGGCACUUUUCCCUGAGUCACUCCACACUCCUGAUUGAAGGAAUCCUUUUUUUCUUUUUCUUUUUUUCUUUUGCACAUCAUUUAGAAAGCUGACAGGUUUUUUUGUUCUCACCCAUAUAUUUACUUGUGUUUGCAAGGAGAAUAUACUUUGCUGUAGCAGAUUUUAUGUAACAAAAGAUACGUCACUAUAAUAAAUCAUUUUUAUUAAAAACUCUGA